AUGGCGGAGGGGCGCCGGACGCUGGACUCCGAGGGCUUCAUGGUCCUGCGACAGCUGCUCAAACCAGACUCCGUCGAGAGGCUGCAUGAAAUGGUCAAAGGAGAUCUGGACAGCUUGUGGCCUGAUGGCCUUAUCGACUGCACGCCUUCAAAGCCUGAUGAGCUGCCAGCAAUGCGCAUCGUGGACCUGAAGGCCAUGAACUUUGGCUAUGGAAAGUUUGCUUACUUGCGGGAGCCCUUGCCAUCCCCAUUGAAUGCGCUGCGGGAAGCUUUGUACGUGGCACUUGCCCCGGUGGCAAACGCACAGGUGGAAAUGUUCAGAGCAGAGAUCUACCCCAAGCAGCUGGCUUUGGAGUCUUUUCCCGAGCGGAUGUGUGACCUCUGGGAGAGAUGCAGGGCGGCGAGCCCUGCUCAGAGAUUGCCAACUUCGAUCGCCCUGAGGUACUGCCCUGGUGGCUUCAUGGAGGCACACCGAGAUCUGCAGGGCACCAUCAUGUUCCCGUUCCAGGCCAUGUGCCCGCUGAGCAGUCCAGGUGAGGACUACGAGGGUGGACACUUCUUCGUUCAGCCUGGAAAGAGGGAUGUCGAUCGCCAACACUGCCAGGAUCUUUUCAAGGGCGAUGUUGUCAUCUUCCGCAGCGGCUUGUACCACGGCCUAGAGGAGCUGACUUCGGGCACACGAUACGCGAUUGCCAUGCAGUUUGCACUCUCUCAUUUGACAGAGAGUCCCUCGAAACCCAGGCAGACGUGGGAGCAGAAAAUGGCGAUGCUGCAAAAGGCGGCAGAGGAGGACGAAGCCGGAUCUUUGGCACAGCAAGGCAGUGCUUUCAUGGCAUGUGAAGGCAUGUCGACGCACGCCGUGUGCCAGCGCUUGCGAGCUUUGAAAGUGAACCUCCGUGGCCCGCUUUCGCUCCCCUUUGGGAAGUUUGAGAUUUUGUACUUGGAUGAGGAGAUCCGCAUCAUCCGGACGGGCCAGGGAUGGUACAGUGUGAACCGUCGCGGAGUGUUUGGAUAG